AUGGGGUCCCGUGUCUCGGCUAAGAACGGUGUUGACCUAUUCGUCUCGUCCACUUUAAGGACGUGGGCGAACGUGUCUCGCAUGAUCGUGGACAAGGAUACCGGGAAGGUCUAUGUCGGUGGCGCAAACAGGAUCUACCAGUUGAAACCUAACCUUGAAACGGAGAGCCUGGCAUUCAUGGGACCCUACAGAGACAGUUCGCACUGUUCUCCGACUAGUGGCUGCCUGCCCGGCCAAGAGAAAUUGCGAGACUACCAUACAAAAGCAAUGGCCAUCGACUACUCAAUCAAAUCGCUCGUCGUCUGCGGGAACGUCAUACGUGGCUCGUGUACUCUUCACAGUCUGCAAAACGUCAGUGACUUUCGAAGACCUUCGCACGAAUCGGUGCUGUCCAGCGACCCAAACGAGUCUGCCGUCCUGUUCAUAUCGAACGGACCCGGGCCCCACAAGCAGGUCUUGUACGUCGGGACCAGCUGGAACACUGAAGGGUCACACGCGGUAGAUGUGCCAGCCGUCUCUUCAAGAAGUCUUGAUCCGAACAAAGACACCUUCUCCGUAGCAGUACAAGCUGAAAGAUCGGGUACCAGGAUGUUUGUGAACAGCGUCUCGCGUACGAACUUUCCGAUAACUUAUAUAUUUGGUUUCGAAUUCCGGGGCUUCUCUUACUGGCUCACAGUGCAAAAGAGUUCGCUCGAAGAAGGAGCGCGGUUCAUCUCCAAGCUGGUCCGCGUUUGUCAGAACGACCCAAACUACCACUCUUACACCGAGGUGGAGCUGGUCUGUCGUUCAGAUAAAGAUGCCCACUACAACUUGGCCCAGGCAGGCUUUGUUAGCAAACCUGGCUCGGACCUGGCAGACUCUUUGGGUUACGAUGAUGAUGUCCUUUUCGUUGUCUUUGCGAAGAGUGAGAACGAAACGAUCGACCGACCGGGAAACGAGUCUGCUCUUUGCCUAUUUCCGCUGGAGGCGGUAAUGCGGAAUUUCACUGAAAAUAUCAGGGACUGCUUCAAGGGAGAAGGCAAUCGAGGACUGGAUUUCAUUACGCCCAGUACUCCCUGUCAAAAUACGCCUGUUUCAAUAACGGACCUUUUCUGCGGCUUGGAAGUCAACACACCGCUGGAAGGAAGCAAGCCCAUUACUGCCAAGUCCGCGCUCAGCUACACGGACACGCAGCUCACCUCGGUAGCGGCCACGACGAUCUACAACUUCACUGCCGUCUUCUUGGGAACAAAUCGAGGACACUUGAAGAAGGUGAACUAUAUUUUUAACAAACCCGUUCAGAUAUUGAUAUUUUUCGUUUGCAUAUUAAAGGCUCACUAA